AUGGCGCGCCUUCACGUAGCUCUCCUCCUCCUCCUCUUUGUCGCCGUUUACGCCGUGAUUGUCUCAGCUGUUGAUAAACCCUCGACGACCACCUCUGCAGCCCCCGCAACAGCUCCGACCAAUGCAGCUAAAGCUCCAGGAAGAAAUGACAACGCCAUUGGAACAACCGACAACAACGAUGCAGCUGCUGCUAUGGGAACAGAUUCUUCUAAUGCAAACUAUCCGCCACCUCGACAAGCUUCCGGAAACGACGUUACCGCCACGGUUGGAUUCGUUUAUUGUGUAGCUGCUGCGAUGGUUGGAUCGUUCUUCUUUUUAUGAGAUGUGAUUGGUGCGUAAGUUUUAGAA